AUUUUUUUGCAUCAAAAACAAAAUGUAUAAACUGUUUUCCACACUCAUUACCCAAGAUUAUAACUUCAAAUCCUUUAUUAUUCUUUUCUUCUUUUAAUGCUAACCUUUACUGCAUAAGCAAGGCUUCAUCUCACCAUAUGCAAGUAAAAGUAACUCUUUCGAAGGCCGAUGGUAUUUGCCCCAUGAAAAGUGCUACAGGUAUCCGCUAUAUAUAUACACUAGCCAGCCAGCAAAACUCAUGCUCUAAAUGCCCAGUACCCCAGUUGAACAAACCUUAAUGGCUUCUCUCCAGCUCCUUCUCCUUCUCCUUGUUCUUUGCCCCUUCCAAAAAGUUUCCAGUGUCGGAGUAAACUAUGGUACUCUCGGAAACAACCUCCCAUCACCGAAGAGAGUAGCGCAGCUCCUUCAGUCCACACUCAUUGACAAGGUCAAAAUCUACGACACUAAUCCUGAAAUCCUCGAGGCCUUUUCCAACACCGGAAUAGACCUCAUUGUCGCGGUGGAGAACUAUCAUGUGGCAAACAUCAGCUCCGAGGUAUCAGCUGCAGACGAGUGGUUUGCCAACCGUGUGCUGCCCUUUAUUCCUGCCACUUCCAUAGUGGCCAUAGCCGUAGGCAAUGAGUAUUUAACCACAGAUCCCGACCAUUUGCGCCCAAAUAAUCUUGUUCAAGCCAUGCAGAACUUGCAUGCAGUGCUAGUAGCACGUGGGCUUGAUCGCAAAAUCAAGAUCACAACCCCACAUAGCAUGGCUGUUCUUGCUUCCUCAUUUCCUCCUUCAGCUUCCUCUUUCGCCACUACCCUUAUGCCCACCAUGACCUCCUUGGUGGGAUUUCUAGCUGACACUGGUUCUCCUUUCAUGGUCAAUGCUUACCCAUAUUUCGCUUACAGGGACAACCCUAGUUCAGUUAAUCUACAGUAUGCCUUACUAGGGAAUGCUACCGGAGUCCGUGAUCCUAUGGGCUAUAUCUACAACAAUAUGUUAGAUGCACAAAUUGAUGCUGUUAGAUCAGCCAUCAACGCACUAGGGUAUGGAAAUCAGACUGUUAAGAUUACAGUGUCGGAAUCUGGUUGGCCAUCCAAAGGUGAUCCUGGCGACACAGCAGCGACUCCAGAUAAUGCAAAGACUUAUAAUACCAGGUUGAUCCAACGUGCACAGUCCAAUAAAGGGACGCCCAUGAAGCCUAAGGAUAAUAUAGAGAUAUUUGUGUUUGCUUUGUUCAAUGAGAACAAAAAGGAUGGUGGUGUGAGUGAAAGAAAUUUUGGGAUUUUUAAUGGGGAUGGAUCUAAGGUAUACGAUGUGGAUUUGAGCUGCCAGUUCUGCAGCAAUGAAGGGGCAUUUGAAUUCGGAGAGAAAACGUCAAGUGGAGUAAGAGGUCCUUCAGUUUGGUGUGUGGCUAAGCCCCAUGCAGAUGAGAAGGUGCUUCAAGCUGUGUUGGACUUCUGCUGUGGACCAGGUGGAGUGGAUUGCAGAGAGAUAUAUGAAAGUGGUAAUUGUUUUGCACCAGACAAGCUCCAUGCACAUGCAUCAUUUGCCAUGAAUGCAUAUUAUCAGAUGCAUGGAAGGAACUACUGGAACUGCGACUUCAAGGGCACUGGACUCGUCACCUUCAGUGAUCCAAGCUAUGGUAAAUGCCGGUAUCCCCAGCAGUGAAUAUGGCAGUACAGCAAUAAUGUUAUUUGCCCAUAUGGUUUGCAGCUAAUUUUGUACUGUUUACAGUACCGCCAAAAGUUUAUAAGAAAUGGUUGUCUUCAUUACAGAAUUUUGAAUAUUUUGUUGGUUUGUCUGAAAAAGGAGCCUUAAAAGUGUCUUUUUAUUGGCGGGAAAGAAGAUAAAGAUGAGCACAUGGAUGGAUAUCUCCAUAAUCAAAGGCAUUUUUUUUGGUUCUUGGGUUGAAAAA